UGUAGAAAAAAGUAGUAAUCUUAUAGCUAACCUUGUUGUAUGAGUGACUAUAAGUGGUGACUAUAUAUGACAGCCAGCCGUUGGCAAUAUUAUUAACCAUGCACUUCCCUUAUUCUGACAAUACCUAGUACUAUUAGAAAUUGACCAGGCAGAGUUGUUGCCUAGCUGGACCAAACCUCACACGCUAGCAUCUUACUAGCAUUUCUCCUCAAGAACCAAGACCCAGGAGCCAGGGCGGUCACCUAGGAUAGCCAAGCAUCGAGGGACAAGAGAAACUGGAGGAGGAAAAGGAGUCUGGGCGGGGAAGCCCAGAAUCAGCCACAGCUCGGCAAGAGGUGGAACAAAGCUCCCCCGCAAAAAAAUAGGCGGAGCAGAGCGAGCAGAACAAGGAAAGCACCAAGGGAGGCAAGGAAGAAUAUCAAGAAGAGUGGAGUCAAGGCAUCCUCCCCAACCAGAUUUAGAUAGCAUCAAGUACAGGGGGGCUCACGCAAACCAAAGGGGGAAAACAUGGUGAAGGCCACCGAACUUGUGAAAUGGUCCUUACUUUUUGAAGAUAGUGAUAGCGCGGUGCUUAUGAGAAUUGAGUUCCUUGUUGUGGCCAUUGCAUCUGUCUUCCUCCUGAUGUCAUUCUUGGACAUGUUCCGUCGUCGGUGCCGCUACUCCUCCAUCAAGUACCUCUUACUUAUCCUCGACGCCAUAAGUGAUUCCUCAUUCAUCUACACAAUUGGGCUGAUGCAGAGUGCACCCUUCAAGAAAGAUCUGUUUUCAAUAUGGGCGCUAAUAUUGGUCAACCUGCGGUUCAAUGCUUGCUUCAUCUCGGCAUACGGCAUCCCUGACCAAGACAACAGCCACAUUACCGAGGGCGCUAGGGUGAUGUCACUUCUAGGGGUGGCCUUCUUAAUUGGCACACAGAACAGUCAGUUCAAGCAUCCCAUCUGGGUGCUCUGGGCAAUGCAGCAAAUGAGAAGUAUGUACCUAAUAGUUGCGUACAGUUGGGCCUCAGGCUCCUUCUUGCACGGUUGGAGCUCACCACUUGUGACAGCAUAUAUGGGUACCGAGGCUGGUAUUUGUAGGGAGGGGGAUCCGACCACAAUGUUAAAAUACAAGUACCUGGUCUGUGGAGAUCAGAAGCAGAAGGUCCAGCUGCAGGCGCCUGGGUAUGAAUUUUAUCUGAAAGUGAAGUCAGAGGGAGUAUUCAUCACUCUUGACAAGACUUGGCAGCUGCCCAGCAACCAGCAUGCAGACGACGAUGCAGGGGAUGUCCAACCAUCAUGGACCAAAGACCUAUGCCUGUCCUUUGCACUAUACCGGCUACUCCGUUGCAGAUUUGACGACUUACCCCUGCCAGCCGAUAGUAUUAAAAGCACCAGAAAAUUAAUGUAUGAAAUUAUUGGCAAGAAGGAUGAAGAUUUGUCUGCACAAAUACAUCACCACGCUGAGGGAACAUUCAGCGGAGAUUUACCUGCACAAAUAGGCCACCACAGUGAGAGAUCAUUCAGCAGAGGUUUACCUGCACAUAUAGACCACCACGCUGAGAGAGCAUUCGGAAUUGCUGAGUUGGAGCUAGCAUUCCUCAAUGACUACUUCUACACUAGAUACCCCAUCCUUUUUUGGCGUGGCUUCCCGCUGAUUUUUGCUUGGUACCCUCCCUUGACCAUUGCUCUCAUUGCUUGGCUUGGAAGGGACAUUUAUAAACUCUACAAGCCUAAACAGGGGGAAAUUGCCCACGUCGUACACAGGGUCAACGUUGACCUGAUCAUCACAUGGAUAUUCAUGGGGAUUAUCGUGCUGAAGGAGUCUUGGAAGGUGGUCACCUACUUGUUGUCCGACUGGACCAAGGUGAUGUUGCUGUGCGAAUACACUUCGAGGACCCUGAAGUGGGUUCCAGAGUGGCUGUGGGAGUUCUUGGUUCAGAUCUUGUGCACACCUGGAUGUAGAAUUGGGCGCCGUUGGCACAAUAAGAUCGGUCAGUAUGAAUUCUUGCAGUCAUUUGGUCACAAUCCUAGGAACAUUCUUUACUGGUUAAGCCUUGGCUUGGUUCCAAAAGAAAUUAGAGGUGCAAAAGUAGGCAGCCCAACGGAGCUGCCAGAGGAUGUGAAAGCCGCCGUUCUCAAGUCACUUUGCUCAUUAGAUCUUAAGCAGAACUCACUAAAGUCAGACCUGCCGACUGAUGUUAAGCAGUUCAACUUCGAGUGGACUUUCAAACUGGGUACAUGGUGCCAUAGCAUUCUUGUGUGGCAUAUAGCAACAAGCCUCUGUGAGAUUGAGCUUGCCCAGCACUACAACUCAAGCUUAACCACUUCUGAGUUACUGUCUGCAAUCAAGACUGCUCUCAAUUGCUUUUCCUCCCAGCCAUAUGUUAUAAAGGAAGACAGAAUUGAAGGGUGGCUGCGGGCUAAUUAUAUAGCCGCCAACAGUAUAUCACGCUACUGUGCCUAUCUGCUUCUUAUAGAACCAGAUUUGCUACCUGACAGUUUCCUAACUGCCGAUGACUUAUUCAGAAACACCGUCGAUGAGGCUUUAGAUAUCCUGAAAGGCUGUGACACCCUGCAAAGCAUAUACAGAAGGCUGAUUCGAGGAGUGCCUCAACAAGACGACCAAAAAAUGGACAGAUUAAGGACCCAUCCCAAUACGAUACUUGCGAGUGCUGCACGCCUUGCUUGGUCUCUGAUUCAUGAGAUCCCAGAUGAAGUAGUUCGCUGGAAGGUCCUUGCAGAAGUCUGGGUCGAUAUACUGGUACACACAGCCCCCUCAUGGAAUGCCUCGGCUCACAAGAAAUGCCUUGCAACAGGUAGUGAGUUCAUAACGCAUAUAUGGGUCAUUCUUUCUCAUUGCAACGUCCACAGCAGCAAGCGCUGGCCAUACCAAGAACCCCCACACGAUGACGACGACCAAGGAGUGGAACGGCAAGGAGUGGGAGCACCAGCACCACAUGAACCAAAUGUGGGUGCUGCUGGUGAACGAAGCGUCAGCAAGGAUCCAUCAAAUGGAGCACUGCAAGAACAAGACCAAAAAUGGGGUCCAAUUCCGGGGCAGCAAUUGACCACAAAUGGUCAACAGCUUGCUCAGAACGAAACAGAUGAAAGCAACAAAAUACAAGAGCUCGGAGCCGAUUGGAAAGGAUGACAUAUCUCAUUUGCAGUAUAAUCGAAUUUGAAUGUUCAAAAUUGUCAUUUAUGUACUUUCAUUGCCCAUUUUAAAAAAAAAUUGUACGUGUGCUUUGCAGUGACCACGUUAAUUUCUUCUCAAGUUGAACAUGCAUAUGCUCUAGUUUGUGAGAUCUAUCUCUGAAUUCUAUAUCUGUAUUCUGAAGUAUCAAGUGAAUGUCCUCUUUGGAAAGGAAA